GCGGCGGAGCCAGAGCGCGCAGACGCGUCUGGUGCGCAACAGGGGAGGAGACGCAGACCGACCGACGCCUCCAAGGUGCGGCGGAUGGUUUGAUGCUGCACGGAAGACUUUUCAGCUGUGGGAAUAUAUCGCUUUUUUUGUUGUUUGUUUGUUUGUUUGUUUGUGUGAGGGCGUAAGUGUGUGUGAGAGAGAGCGAGACAGAGAGAGUUAUAUAAAGUGAUGCGCAAAAAGUGAAGCGCCGGAUUUCAUUUAAAGUGGAGAAACCUGAGGUAGGGGGGGACCUAACAGGUGCGCGCAUGGAGACGCGUCCGGAGUCGGUGGCGUGAAGUGGAAGAGAGAAAGAAAGAAAGAAUAAGCAUCAAGCAACAGGAAUCCAUCAUGAACUUGUCAGAGUCCGUGUGGCUCGUGGGAGAGCCGUGGAACUUCAGCGCGCUGGAGGAGGACGGGGAGAAGAAAAACCUGUUCGGGAUCGACACGAGCAACUACGUCGCGCUGCUGUUUUUCCUGCUCAUCUUCACGCUGGGCGUGCUGGGCAACUCCAUGGUGAUCACCGUGCUCGCCCGGAGCAAGCCGGGCAAGCCGCGCAGCACCACCAACAUCUUCAUCCUCAACCUGAGCAUCGCCGACCUCUUCUACCUGCUCUUCUGUAUCCCCUUCCAGUCCACCAUCUACGUGAUGAACACCUGGGUCUUCGGCGCCUUCAUCUGCAAGUUCAUCCACUACUUCUUCACAGUCUCCAUGCUGGUGAGCAUCUUCACGCUUUCCGCCAUGUCCGUGGACCGCUACGUCGCCAUCGUGCACUCCAGAAAGUCGUCGUCAAUACGCGUGGCGAGGCACGCGCUGGUCGGCGUGGUGGUGAUCUGGCUGCUCUCGCUGGCCAUGGCGGCGCCACGCAUGCACUACUACAACCUGUUCCACGGCGGCAGGAACGAAACCUACUGCUGGGACGUGUGGCCGAAUCAGAACCACAAGAAGGUCUACGAGGUGUGCACGUUUGUCUUUGGCUACGUCUUGCCCCUACUGCUGAUUUCCUUCUGUUACGCAAAGGUGAUAAAUCACUUGCACAAAAAACUAAGAAAUAUGUCCAAAAAGUCGGAGGCUUCAAAGAAAAAGACCGCUCAGACCGUGCUGGUGGUGGUGGUGGUGUUCUGCCUGUCCUGGCUCCCUCAUCACAUCGUUCAGCUGUGGGUGGAGUUCGGGAACUUUCCGCUGACCGAGGCCUCCUUCGUGUUUCGCGUGGCCGCGCACUGCCUGGCGUACAGCAACUCGUCGGUGAACCCCGUCAUCUACGCCUUCUUGUCGGAGAACUUCAGGAAGGCGUACAAGCAAGUCUUCAAGUGUCAGAUCGGCAACGUCGACUGCCCGCUUAACGACAUCAAGGAGAUGCGCAGCAAGGCGGAUACUCCACCCUCGACUAACUGCACCAACGUUUGACUGGCUGUCCGCCGGCAACAUGAUCACUAAAUGAGCCGAGACACUGAAACUCACUGAGUAAUGUCGACUAAGUGAUCAGAUGAAAGUUGGUGUUCAUUUUAAUCAUGGUGAGUAUUUGCCUACUCUCAUGUGUUGUGAGUGUGUAGCGUAGCUACACCGCAGUGGAUCGACGUCUGCUCACGAGAAGAGCCUGCAGUGUCUAAAGCUCAAGGCAGACAAUUAAAUCACAAUGUAUUUAUAUAGGUAUACAAUUCAAGCAUUCAUUUAAAACACUCAUUUAAUCUUCUGAUUUUCAAUUUAAUUCAUUCAAUUUUGCUUUGUACCAAGCUGAGGUAUCACCAACUGUUUUAAAUGUGUUUUUAAGUGUCUGAAGAACAAAUGCAUUUUUUUCCUCUUUAAAACUGCUUCAUGCAAUUUCAAUACCUGCCUAUCUCAGCAUGUUCUUAAUUUUUGAUCUCAGCUGUUUUCAGUGUACAUUUUGUAGUACAAAAGAGAAGCUGUUCUGGAAAGCUAGCUCGCACGUUUUAGACAUCAGAAUAACGCUGUUCCCUUAGAAAAAGAAGAGCCACAGCAUUCGGGAACCUAAAAGACUUCAUCUGUCACAAAGAUAUUGCCAGGCGUGUUGUUUCCUUCAGGCUGUAAAUUAAGUUUAGCUUGCUAAUGGAAUCACUUCAGGGUGGGCAGAGUGGGGGGUGAGUAAUAAAGGCCUUUUGCUUCUGAUUGAUAUCAAACUAAUCUAUAUUCUUUUUGUUUCACAAGGCUGGCUUCUUCUUUGUUAAAUUGGAUAGAAAUCCUCAAAUUCAGUUUCUGAACAACAGAAUAGAAAUAAUAGAAAAAUAACGUCAAGCUUUCAGAUUAGCUUUUUUUUCCAGAUUUUGUUAUUUGAUGGAGCUGCUAUCAUUAAAUAAUUCAAACUGUUGCUAAACGGAGGGAUCGGAGUUCUCAUCCCAGAACUUCCACCUUGAAGUGUUUAGUUCCUGUCUGUUCCAUGGCUGAGAUGAAUGUUUUGGAUAAUUUUCUUUAGUAGCCACAAAGCUAACAGAGUAGCUAGCUCAUUAGCUUUAAGCUCUAAUUCACUUUUUAUAAACUAGGUUUAUUCAGUUGUCUCAGUAUUUGACUGAAUUACCGAAUAUCAGAAACUUAAACUUAAAUUAAUGAUGUAAUUCAAGCUUAAAUUUUUUUUUUAUAAUAUAUACUAUUUAUCCUUCGCAAAGUAUUUUUAAGAGUUCUGCUUCCAAAACUUCAAAAAACGACCUCAGACGUUAAAGUCACUUUUACAGGACACCAGAUAAAGUCCUGUGUGAGAGCAGUGACCUUUGACUUCAUGACGACAGCGCCCCUUACCUGUCAGUCACUGCUACUUGUUUCUCUUGCUUACAAGAAAGGAUCACGAGCAGUUUGGAAAUUUGUACUGUGGAUGCUAAAGGCUAAAGAAAAGCUAAAGCGAAAGGUUCUCAGUCUUAUUCUUCACUGUUGUCCACAUUUUUGAUGCGUCUCCAGAACAACUGAUUCAGAUUGUUGCAUUACCUUCUCAGCAUGCUAUCAGGUAAAAUGUAAUUGGGAUGUACUUGUGUACUUGUGCUUCGUCUGGCCCAGACAUCUCCCUACGACAUUCAGUCAUUCACACAUGUAAGCUACAUUGUAACCACUAGAAAGGAAAGCAACUUACCCAAGGUCAUAGCGACUGAGACAGACAGAUUGGGGGUGUGAACCUCCAGAUAUGUAAAGCAGGAGGCAGCAGGCUAGCUAACAUAGCUCGGCUACUUCGCUGGCUACAGUGAGCUAUAGCUAGCCUCUCAGUUGUACUCAGUAACGAGCAGAACAGCAAGUCGCCCUUCACUUGUCGCCGAGAAGCAAUAAUAUUCUGCACAGUUGGCACGUUUACUGAAAAAACUCAACUAGAUUCAGCAGGUGUUCGAGUCCAUAUUUUGUACUUCACUCUUCCACUGAUGUGUACAUCUGAUAAAAAGUACAAAUACCAAAUGACACUAGCUUUAAAUCUCAUUCCUGCGACUGAAUUAUAAUGUAGUUCAAAAAACAAGCCUGAAAAAUCAGUGAGUCAUUUCAAAAAUACUUGGACUGCAUUUUAGGAAUGUGUCUGAAUCAUCUAGAAGAAAUAAGUAUUGUAACUAAAUGCUUGAAAUCCAAGCUGAGGGGGGAAAAUGGUCAAAUCAUACCCACUGUGUGCACACAAGCUAGUUCUAAGCUAAUCUAUUUGACAGUAGAUUUAAAACUUCCUCACUUAUAAUCACUGAAUCCUCCCUUUACUGAUUAACAAUCAAAGUUAAUUCCAUCAUAAUGCAGGUAAUAUUGGAGUGAAUGUAACUCUUUGAAGGCAGUGUGCGCUUGCAGAGGCUGCCAGCAGCCUAAAGGCUAUCCCGGCUGGGAAAGCUGUUGCCAGGAAAAUUGAAGUGUAGCGUCUUAUCUAAUGUGCCGCUGCGUUGACACAGAGGAUUCAACAUGGAGGUUUUUGUUUUAUGAGUUGUUAAAAGGCACAUAAGAGCAGUGCUUGUGACCGUACAGUGUUUGUACAUCUAUUGUGAGAAAAUCUGCUUGUAUAUAUUUCAAACACUAAAGCCGAUAUUCACACAUCUACGAAUACCUUGAAUUGUACAUAUGCAGUCGCUCGCUGCUAUUUUUGUCACUUUUGAAGCUGUGUUGCCUGAAAUUGCUCCUCUGGAUCUAAAACAACCACAGACCUAAUUUUGAGGAAGAGGAAUUUCUUUUUUUAAGAAUUCAACCCAAGAUCACAUGGAUUUUGCCAAGGUUUUAUAGCGCACAGCUUGACCUCGGCACGCAAAAACAAAAAAAUUACACAACAUGAGCUCGAUGAGUAAAAACCACGGUGUGUUGGGUGUUUACUGCCAUCCUCUGUAGUGACAUCUGUAGCCAUCGUUUAAGUUUGAACAGAAAAAAGAAAGAUCCAAAGAUGUGACGUGAAUGUUCAGCCAGAGGUUAUGCUGGCUCUCUUCUCCUCUGCAGUGGAUUAAAAGCACCUAAUAAAUGUAACCAGCGGGCUAAGCCACUUUUCAGAGUCGAGGAUUGUUUCCCAGAGAGGAAGAGAGAUGCUGAUGAUGACUAUGCUCGGUGUAAAGCUGUAAAUGCUAACAAUCGCGAGAGCUUUCUUGUAAUUCAACCUCUAAUUGACAGUAAAAUCCUCUGAGGCUGUUCUUUGGGGAUUGUGCUGUUGGCACAUGUAUUUAUUUGAACUGAGGUAAAGUCAGCAGCUAAAUUGAAUAAUGUGUCACUAUAAGUGUGUUUUUUCUUUUUCUCUGCCCUGUCGACAUCUACAAUACAUCCACACAUUGUUUCAUGUAGUGUGAAAAACCAACGUAGUAAAAAGCCGCUAAAAGUAAUAGAAAACAAAGAGUACUUGCAAUAUGUAGAAUGUAGACGCUGCCCAAAUUUUGAAAUGAGGCCAAAUAGAAACAUAAAAACUGAUACUGCACGUCACCCUAAACAGACCAACCACACGGUAGUGGCCGCGUCAUGCUGUGGGAAUGCUAUUCUUUAGUUAUAAGGAAUCUGGUCAGGUUUAAUGAGAGAUUAGAUUUCGCUAGUUCUGCUAAAAACAAAAAAAUCAAAACAAAAAAAGAAUCAUUUCAGCAGCUUCAAAUGACUUGAGACUGUGACUAAACUGCACCUUCCAGCAAGAAAGUAACCCUGAAACCUUCCUCCAAAUCUACAAUGAAACUGACAUUGUUUAAAUCAAAAGAAUGUUCAUAUGUAAGGACAGAAAUUAUGUUAAAUUCUGUGGCUCACAGACAGUUUUCAUCUUGUAAGGUGUGUUUUUUUUUCCCCGUUUUGCUAAGAAGAUUAUAGCCCCAUGUUCCAGACUAGCUGGUAGAAGUUACAGUGAGAAGUAAAGUAGUUCAAGUUCACACCACACUUUUCAGAAUUUUACUUGUGAAAAAGUCUGAAAACUCCACUGUUAGUUUCGUUCCAUCAUAUGAGGUCCCAAUAGUGCAUCAACGUUUGGUAGUGAGUGUGAGACUGUACAGUAACCGGUGCUGUUCUUUGAUUCCUCACGAGGUUCACUUUCUUCCUUUUCUUUAUUUUUUACAAUCAAGCUUACUGUCGUGUUGGUUUUAGCUGUGCUGCUGUUAUGUAAAAAGAUAAACAAAUAUAUAUUUUCUUGUCUUUUUUUUUUUUUUGUUCUCUCUGCUGGACUGCGAUUUAAUGUUUUGGCUUGGCUUACGUUGUGUAUGUAGUGUUAUUUGUAUUAUAAAAUAAUAAAC